AUGGGCCCCAAAAACCUAAUUUCUGAGGACUUCGUCCCUUCGCCACUGACUCUGGACCGGGUCAUGGAAGGUAGGCCGGCUCCUACGCAGGAUAAUCAUUUCCUAAAACUUCCGGUUGAAAUUCGGUCCUUGAUUAUCAGAUAUAUCGACACGGACAAGACUAGUCUGGCUGCUCUUGCGCUCGUUAACUGGGAUUGCCGUCAGUUAGCGCGAUCUUGCCAGUUUCGCGAUGUGGUAAUUGACUACAGCCCUCGAUCCUCCUGUGUUCUUGGUAUCCUUAUAGGCGAAGCUGCUGAGCGACUUAGGUCAGGGAACGGCCUUACACGCCGACCAUCACUGGGGGCAUGUAUUCGUAGCAUAAGGACAAACUCAAACCAGUACUGGAAGGAGAUUCGGAAUAUGCGCCCUGGGGACGACGAUGGUAAUGUUGAUGACAACGAUCGUGAUGACACUGCUAGCACGAAUCAAUGGAAGCAAUCAGUGGGGAACAUGACAACAAGAAUUAAUCACGUCUAUAAUCCCAGUUUUUCUCUUGUUAUUUCCACUCUACCCCACCUAGAAGCCCUAUGCUGGGAGAAUGGAAGUACCAUUGAUUGCCACCUUUUCAAUUGUUUGGCAGUCUCAGCGAUCAAACAUCUCAAGUUGCAUGGUAGCAUUGAGUCCGAAUAUGUCACAGUCCCUCUAGACGGAGAUCCCUGGCAGCUCGAGAGCCUCGACAUCGACAUCACGUGGGAUUUCGGGUUUCAUUAUGGGCGCAACAUAGCCGACUCUUCCUGCCUUUGGAGUAGUCUUUUUUCGGCAUGUUGCUCCUCCUUACGAUACCUAAAGCUCAGCCACCGACAUUUUCUCAACAGUCAAGAUAAGCGAAUGUCUUUUACCGCAAAUUUUCCUAAUCUCCGUUUCCUCCAGAUUGAAACCGGUACAAUGGUCAGUCAACUGACGUUGCAAAGCCUCCUGCGAAGCAAAAGAUUAUCGACUUUGGUUGUCGACUUUGACGAUUCAAUUACGAGGGAAUGUUUAGAUCAGAUGGGAUAUCAUGAGUCCAUUCAAUAUCUUGUCUGGAACAGCUGCACUAUCCGUCAAAUGGUAUCGCUUCAAGUAUUGGAUCACAAUAAUCAGUUGACGGGCUUCGCCAUUCGUUACAGCCAGUCCACUGCCCUCCUAGACCGCAUACUUCCUGUCUUGGCAUCAUUUCCUAAUUUAAGGGUUCUUUCAAUGCGGUGGAAUGGGAUGAUGAUCCCAAAGUCUUCUCUUAUCGCUCUUUCUUCCCUGACCAAUCUAGAGCAGUUGCACAUCAGUUCCGGCAACCAAACCGGGUGGAAACACAACUGGUUGGUUGAUCAUGAUGCUACACAAAGCAUUUUAUUUCCUUUGCGCAGACUGAAGAAAAUCGCAAUCACCUGA